CACACCACCCUGAGCCUGGGAAGAUGGUGUCACAGUCUACAGGCCGGCAGGAUUCUCCCGUGGACUCUUGGGAAAGGGACGGCAAUGACCCUGGCGACAUUGAUGGUUCUCCCAGCCUCCUGGACACUGACCAGUCCCCUUGCCACUCAGACGUCAGGUUCAUGAGGCACAAAGCUUCCUGGAUUAACCCCCAGUGUGAGCAGCAACAACUGCAGGAUUUGCCCCCUCGGGGGCCGACAAGGGGGUACAGUGGGAGCCACUUUGGAGGGAACACCGCCUCUCCCCUCGGCCCCUCACCAUUGUCUCUUGGGGACUCCACGGUGGAGACAUCACUGUCGAAGGAUCCUGCAGACUCUGCCCAGGGCUCAGGUGACAAGAGCGGCGACCUCUCUUUUACCUCCACAGAAGAGCAGGCAGUGCUCCUAGGACACUCUCCUCAGAUGUCUCUGUUCACAAGCUCCUUUCCUGAUCCUGAAGCUGACCAUGCUUUGCUGCAGCCUUCCCAGCUGACAGCUUCCACCAAUGAAGGUGCUGUUCAAGUCAGUGGAAGAACCACUUUUUUGAAUUCCUUCUCUCCAGAGGUAUUUCUACUCCCAGUCGAUGUCGAAAAGGAAAACGCCCACUUCUAUGUUGCAGAUAUGAUUAUAGCAGCAAUGGAGAAAAUUAAGUGCACCAUCCUGAGUCAACAGCACACAGAGCACUGGGGUGUGGAAGAAGCCAGUGGGGCACUCGGGAAUGACCACGCUGACUCUGAAGUCACCUUUUAUACCAAUGUAAAGCAAGAAUCUGGGUCUUCCAAUUCUUCUGACAGUGGCUAUGAAGGUUGUGCAGUGCUACAGGGCAGCCCCGUGGCUGGGACACCCACUUACUGUGAUGUGCUGAAAGAAGCCUGUAAAUGUGACUUCGAUGACUUUGUUAUCAUAGAACUUGGUGAGUUUAGCAGUAUCACAGAAACCUGUGGAUGUUCCUGCAGCUCCUCUAAGAGUGUCAUUUAUGAGCCAGACUUCAGUUCUGCCGAGCUAAUAGCCAAAGAGUUGUACCGAGUAUUCCAGAAGCGCUGGAUGUUGUCAGAUGUUAAUCAUCAACUGGCAGAUUCUCUAAAUGCUGCUGGCUCGAUAGUAGUGAAUGAAGAGCGGGUCCAAAAAGACUUUGAAUCCAGUGUGGAUGUCGUUCAGGAAAUUACCCUUAAGUCGAAGAUCAGAGGGGCUGAAGACUGGGAGCCCCCCAGAUUUCAAAUCAUAUUUAAUGUUCAUCCACCACUCAAGAGGGAACUCGUGGUAGCAGCCCAGAAUUUUUUGUGUGCUGGUUGUGGAACUCCAGUAGAACCUAAGUUUGUGAAGCGCCUGCGGUACUGCGCCUACCUGGGGAAGUAUUUCUGUGAUUGCUGCCACACGUACGAGGAGACCUGCAUCCCUGCCCGGAUCCUGACCACGUGGGACUUCAGGAAAUACUACGUCAGCCAUUUCUCCAGACGGCUGCUGGACAGCCUGUGGCACCAGCCCGUUUUCAAUUUGCUGAGCGUUGGCCCCGGCCUGUACGCCAAGGCCAAGGAACUGGACAGAGCGAGGGAAACCCGGGAGCAGCUUUUUCAUAUCAAGAAGAUGUUGAAGACCUGCAGGUUUGCUGAAAGCGAGCUAAAGGAGUUUGAGCAGGUGCCGAGGCACUUGACUGAUGAGCUCCACCUGUUCUCCCUGGAGGAUCUGGUCAGGGUCAAGAAAAGGCUGCUGGUGCCCUUGCUCAAGGACAUUCUAAAAGCUUCCCUCGCACAUGUGGCCAGCUGUGAGCUGUGUCAAGGGAAGGGCUUCAUUUGUGAAUUCUGCCAGAGUACAGCCGUCAUCUUCCCCUUUCAGACCGAGACAUGUAGAAGAUGUGCAGGGUGCAGAGCUUGCUUUCACAAGCAGUGCUUCCAGUCCUCCGAGUGCCCCCGGUGUGUGCGGAUCACAGCUAGGAGAAGACUUUUGCAGAGUUUACCUUCUGCAGCAACAUGA